AAGCCCCGGCGGCGGCCGGCCACCCCCGGCAAUGGUGCGGUGCGGGGCGGGAGGCGGGCGAGCCGGCGGGGCAGCCGGCGCUGUCCCCUAGCGCGGCCGCUCCACGCGGGCCGGCAGCAGGCUACUCCCCACCCUUUUUUUUUUUUUUUUUUCCCCUCUCUCCUCCCUCCUUUCUUCUUUCUUUUUAAGGGAGCGGAGAAAAGUUAAGCUUCAUCUUAAUGUUGCUGCGGGAGUCUCAGUAAAUGUCCAUCUGUCUGAUGCGGGUGAUGCAAAGGACAUUUUUUAAAAGGAGCCUUUUAACUCCAUAGACACAUAGGGACCCCUUCACGGGCAGGGGCAGGCACAGGCACACACACGCGAGGAGGAGGAGGCGGAGGAGGAGGAAAAAGAAGAAAAAGAAGCAACAACUUUUCGAUCGCUGCUUUUAAAAGGGAGAAGCCCUUCCCUGGCCGGGACUUGCCUUCUGCCUCCUCAACCAGCUGCUAAAAGUAUGUUUCUGAGGCGGACUGUACUUCAGGGAACUUCUAUUUUCUGCUCGGCAGCUGUAGAGGAGCAGCAGCGAAGUUUGGAGUAACACCAAGUGAUGCGGGAAAAACACCCCGAGAGCAGAAAACCCUCCUGCAGACACAACCCCUGCUGCUGCACACAGGUUGAUCAUGGUUGCCGCGACCCGCUCCCUCCUGGCGCUGCUGCUCUGCCAGGUGCUGCUGGGCGGCGCGGCCGGCCUCAUGCCGGAGGUGGGCCGGCGGCGCUUCAGCGAGCCGGGCCGCGCCGCCUCGGCCGCGCAGCGCCCCGAGGACCUCCUCAGCGAGUUCGAGCUGCGCCUGCUCCACAUGUUCGGGCUGAAGCGGCGGCCCAGCCCCGGCAAAGACGUCGUCAUCCCCCCCUACAUGCUGGACCUCUACCGCCUGCACGCGGGCCAGCAGCUGGGGCAGCCGCCCGCCCUCGGCUACCCGGUGGAGAGGGCCGCCAGCCGCGCCAACACCGUCCGCAGCUUCCACCACGAAGAAGUUUUGGAAGAACUGCCAGAAACAAGUGGGAAAACAGCACGGCGUUUCUUCUUUAAUUUAUCUUCCAUCCCUAAUGAGGAGUCUAUCACCUCAGCUGAACUCCAGAUUUUUCGGAAACAGGUGCACGGAGCCUUUGAGAACAACAGCAGCUACCAUCACCGUAUUAAUAUUUAUGAAAUUAUAAAGCCAGCCACAGCCACCUCUAAGGACCCUGUCACAAGACUUUUGGACACCAGGUUGGUGCAUCAUAAUGCAAGUAAAUGGGAAAGUUUUGAUGUAACGCCAGCUGUUUUGAGGUGGAUUGCACAUGGACAACCUAAUCAUGGGUUUGUGGUAGAGGUGGUUCACUUGGACAAAGAGAACAGUGCCUCCAAGAGGCACGUUAGGAUUAGCAGGUCUUUACAUCAGGAUGAAGAUAGCUGGUCUCAGCUCAGGCCAUUAUUAGUAACGUUUGGGCAUGAUGGCAAGGGACACCCGCUUCAUAAAAGAGAAAAGCGUCAAGCAAAACACAAACAGCGUAAACGCCACAAAUACAGUUGCAAAAGGCAUCCGUUAUAUGUGGACUUCAAUGAUGUGGGGUGGAAUGACUGGAUUGUUGCCCCACCGGGGUAUAGUGCCUUUUACUGCCAUGGGGAAUGUCCUUUUCCACUGGCAGAUCAUCUAAACUCAACAAACCAUGCCAUUGUUCAGACUUUGGUCAAUUCAGUGAAUUCCAAAAUCCCCAAGGCUUGCUGUGUGCCGACAGAACUGAGUGCUAUUUCCAUGCUCUACCUUGAUGAAAAUGAAAAAGUUGUAUUAAAGAACUAUCAAGAUAUGGUUGUGGAGGGUUGUGGGUGCCGCUAACACAGCAAAUAUAUUAGAAAAAAAAAAAAAAAAAAAAAAAAAAAAGCUGACACUUUAAUAUUUCCCAAUGAAGACU